GGUGCUCGUGGAAGCCAGUUCGCUUCGCUUGGCAUUACCGCGCCUGUCGUCAACCUUUUGCUCAACUUGGACUAAUUGUCGUUCAAGGCAGCAAUGAUGGGGCAGAAGAGAAAUUUGGAGGAUAACUUUGGUGCAUGACGUCAGAUUGACUUAAGAGGACAAAUCUUCGUCUUGAACCUUGCUUUUAUUCCCCCUCUACCAACCACGGAAGACAAGCUCAAUCCCUGCCAGAUGCUGCUCCAUCCAAUUUAAUGUGUCACCAUGGACCGCGAAGAGGUACAGACAGAGCUGGACCAGAUUUCCGUGUGGCUCAGGGAUGAUGGUUUGCCUCCAGGGGCUAGUCCAGAUGAGCGCCAGCACCACCUUUGGCGGCGGCUCCUCGACACUGAAGCGGAGCUGCAGGUGUCCACCCAGGAGCUGCGUACUUUGCGUUCCCAGCAGGCCAAUGAGAUGAAGGAGAUGGACAGCUAUGUAGCGCAUAUCCGUGGGCUGCUGCAACAACGCGAGUGUGUGACUGCUGGCUGUGAAAGGGACAACGAAAAACUGCAACAAGAGCUGCUCCACAUCAGACAGCAACAAGAGAUUCAGAGCAAGGAGCUGGCAGAGAUGUUAGCACAGGAAGACCUUGGGGAGAUGGGUUUGAGCAGCCCCAGUGAGCAGGUGGCUUACCUAUUGGUGGAGAGGGCAACACUGCUGGAGAGGCUUGAGGCUGCCGAGAGGAGGCUUGAGAGCCACAGCUUGUCUGGCAACAUAAGGGAUGUCCCGAUCCAGGGUUCAUCUCAGACUCCAUGGAAGAAGCUGUUUGGGCUGCGCAGGUCUGCUCAGAACAAAAACAAUAUUACCCCUCUUCCUGUCCAAACCCCACCCGUCAUUGAUGCCCAUCUCAUCCAACAACAGGCUCACAGUGAGGAGCUGUCCCGUGAGCAACAUGAACGGCGGCGGCUGGAGCGUGACUUGGAGGAGGCGUCGAGCAGGCUGGAGAUGGCUCAUCAAGAAAUCCGAAGGCUCAACAAUGAGCUGGAUGUGACCAAAAGCAACAGCCUUGACCCCUGUGGGUCUGAGCUUCAGGAAACACUCCAAGAACUAGAAAUUCUGAAGAAAGAAGUGGACAAAGUAAAACAGUGCGAUAUGAUGAAGUUGCAGCGAGCCAAAGAGCAAAGUAACAGACUGGAUGCUGACAACAGAAGUCUGAGGGAGACAGUGCGCUCUUUAGAGUCUGAUAAGAAAACCCUUCUCGAGCAGUUGGAAACAAGGAACGUAGACCAAGAUGCUUCCCUGAAAGAGGAUGGGAGGCAAAACAACAAUUUCAGUGAACUAAAGAACAUGUCUGGCUUUUCAACUAAAGAAUCGGAUCCAACUCACAAACGCUGUCAUGCAAUGAUGGAGGACAGACUUGUUCAGGUGAGAGAGCUGGAGCGUCAACUCCAAAGGCUACGCAAGGAGCAGCAGGAGCUGGAAGAGAGGAAUGAGGAGCUGGAGGCUUUGCUCGGUGAGGCCCAGAAUGCCAGCAAGGAGGAGAGGCUUCGCCAUGACGGAGAACUGGAGGGACUACAUCGACGGAUCAAAAACCUUGAGGGAGAGCUGAAGAAGCAGGAAACCCAAGAUAAGCUGUUAAAGAAUGGAGAAGAGGUCAAAACCACAGAGUCCUUCUUACAGCUGCACCUACGGGACAGCGGCCCGGAGAGAAUGGCUCUGCUGGAAGCUCGUCUGACUGAGGAGAAGGACUGGAGGAAACAACUGGAGCUGGACCUCAGCGCUGCUCAGGCUGCUUUAAAAAAAGACAAGGAGGCUUUGCAAAUUGGUGAGAGAGAUCUGAAGAAACUGAGACUUGAGGUUAACAGUCUCCAGACUGAAUGCCAGCAAGGGAAAACUCUCAUCAAGGGUCUCAACCAAGUCAAGGGGGAAAAGGCGGUUCUGGAGGAAAAGUUAUCCCAGACGGAGCGAGCUCACCGUCGACUCCAGAGUGAGCUGGAGCGUCACAAAGAAAAUAACCACACCCAAAAGAACCUGCGAGAUAACAGAAUACAGGUGGCCCAACUGCAGGAGCAGGCUGACAGGCUGACCAAAGAACUAAGCAGCCUUCAGACAGAACACAACACACUCAAAGAUGAAAUGGCCUCUGAGGGGCAGAAGGCUGCUGAGCUGCAGGCCAAACUGAGUGACAGUAUCCAGAAGAAGCUGGCAGUUGAAGGGGAAAGAGAGAAACUGGAGAUUGAGAUAAAACACCUCAAGCAACAACUCCAGCAGCAUCACUUAGCACUUAGCAGCAACCUGAAGUCACCUCAAUUAGAGUCAGUUUCUGGUCCAGUGGAGAAGACCAUAGAGAAAUGCUUGAAUCAGUCCCUGGACAUAGUCCAGCAUCAGAGGGCAGAAGAGGCUAAACAUUUGAAGCAGGACCUCCAAAGAGUACAGAGCCUUUUCACCUCAGCAGAACGAGAACUGCGCUACGAAAAGGAGAAGAACAUGGACCUGAAGAGGCACAACACCCUGCUGGACAAUGAAAAACUUAAGCUUUCUGCAGAGCUGAACCAGGUGCAGACCAAGUUGGCCCAGGUGCAGCAAAGUCUUCACACUCAGGUGACUAGUUCAGAACGUCAGCAGCAGAGAAUCAGGGAGCUGGAGCUGGAGCUGGCACGCCACUCAUCCAACCGCAGCGUUGCCAACAGUCUGCAAGAGGAGUUGCAGGCCGAGAGGGCACAGGUCAUUACUGCUGACAAAAAGGUGCUGGAGCUGCAACAGCAGCUCAAGACAACCCAGCACCAGCUGCGCAUUGAGGAAGCUCGGGCCUGUGAGAGGAGCCGUCUGGAAAGAGACAGCAGGGAUCUAUCUGACACCUUGUCCUCCCUGAGAGCCCAGCAGCAGGAAGACCAGAUCAAAAGGAAGCUCUUGGAGCAGCGCGAGGAGGAGCUCCAGCACCAGGUACGUUCCCUGAGGUUGAAGGAGGCGUCGCUCACCAGGACCAAUGCCGAGCUCAGCCACCGAGCACAACAGCUGGAGACAGAACUUAACAAGGCCCAAGAGGAGAUAAGAGAUGACCAAGCAUCUUGUCGCAGACUAAAGGAUGAUCUAGCGGCCAGUCAGCUCGAUUGUGACAGAAUGCAGGGAGAGGUCAAGCAGGUUUUCCUGCAACUGAACACCCAUGUCAGAAAGUACAAUGAAAAACAGAGUCGACACAAGACCAAACUACAUCAGGCCAAGCAGGUCUUUCUCCAAGCCACUGCACAGCGGGACAACACCAUCCAGAAACUGGAGAACGACUUGAUCCUGGCCGCCAAUCUCUCACACAAGGCAAAGGAGAGCAUCCAUAAUGUGAUGGAGGAAAAUGAAAAGCUUCUAGAGGAGAGGAGGAGGCUAUUGCUGAAGAUAAGCGAGGUGGAGGAAAUGGGCAACAGUAGCAUGAGAGCUGCAUCCACUAUCCAACACAGGGUCAACGUCUUAGAAGCAGAAAACGGGCGACUACAGGAUCAAACUUUGAGGCUGUCCAAUCAGGUCAGUUCCUUGGAGCGUGCCCUGCGGAACGCCCAGUCCUUCAACAGCAAUGAGAAUUCCAAGAAAGUUCUUUGUGAAAGCAUCCUGCAAACAUCUAAUUUAAGCUUCACGUCUGGUUCCUGUGACCCUUGGGAGUUGUUGGACGCAAUCUCUCGCACCAAGUUUGAGCAUGUGUCGGACAGCACUCGAGCAUCGGUCUCCACGCAGCACCCAUCAGAACAAGGCUACCUGAACCUCGUCUCUCCGCUGUUUCCUCCUGACACUAACCUGGGGACUCCGAAUAGCGGUGGUGAUGUGUGAGAGGCACCACAAGCUGAUGACGAGAAGACAACGGGUAAAAUCUAAGUGGAAUCAAAAUACUGUAAUAAUUAUUAUUAUAGUAUACCAUUAUAAUGACAAAGGACUUCCUCUGCAGUUCUUGAAAAGUGGUAUUAAAAUGACAGUUUCUUAUUGUUAUGUUAAUGGGUAAGAUAGGACAAAGUACGUCAGGCCAGUGAAUGUUGAAGUGAUAUUUAAAACUGAGCACUUUAUCAAGCAUUUCAGUAUGUUUACAAUAAGGAAAAUGUAGCUGUCAGAUGUGAAUGAUUUACAUUUGUAUCCUUUUUAUUAUCCACAAUUUGGAAGUUUUUUUAAAUGUAGUCAGUGUUAUUACAUUCGAGUGAUAGCGUUGUGGACACGUUUACCUUGCAAAAGCCUGUGUAACUCUCCAUGCCAUAGUAUGCACUGACGAGUCACAAUUUUCUGAUGACCUGCACAAUAUUAUGAUAGCCAAUAGAAGAGCAGCAUCAAAUGUUCUGCCUUUACAAAGGUAUGUAGCAUGAAUUAAAAAUGAAUGCAUGAUUAAUAGGGAAUAACCGCAACUAACUUCCACCUUGAGCAAACACGGAUUGAAGCAAACUUUAAAUGUCUACAAUUUUUUUUGUUUGACACAAGAUGUCUUCAAGAGCUACCAAAGAUGGCAAUAUCUGAUGUUAAGGCUUUGUUCGUGUUUAUAUGUAACAUCAUAUUUGUAUAAAAAAAAUGAUAGACAUGUAUUAAACUUUAGUCUGAAGACAGCAGCCAUAAAGAAAAUAACAUUUUAGAAAGUUCAGUUUCAAAUCAUCAUGUCAUCAACCCAUAAUUAUGCCAGUUAUCGCGGCAUUCACAGAAGGUCCGCCGACCUGUUUUCCGGGUUUGGUCCGCACAUAGCGGAUUAAGAGUUUAAGAGCAAUGUGACAGCACUUUAGCACACACUCUAAUGAGAAAAAGUAAACUUUCAAUAAAUAGUUGAAACGUAACCAUAGGCUCGUUUCAAUUUACCUCGGCGCACAACCCAAUUUGAAUAAAAACGGAAAACUUUAAUCAGUCUCGUCAUCGAGUCUGUGCCAGUCCUUUUGAGGUCGUGAGUCCACUCACGCGACCAAGGGAAUGUUGGUGUUUUUGCGUUCCCUUUAUCAAGCAAAUGGUUAAUUAACACACACUGUCUGUUGAAGUCCAAGCAACAGAUACGAUUCAUAUGCAGUCUUCGUCAAAGAGGUUGUUGCAGAAAGUGCGUCCUGUCACCCACCUCUCCCUGAGAUUCUGACCAGAUGCUCAGGAGAAACAAGGUUAGAAAUAAAUUACCUUUGUUGUCACAGUGGAAUUGGAGAUUCAGGGUGGGCAUUAUCAAGCCGACCAGCUACAGCACCCUACAGUGAAUGUUCUGUUUUGAUUGUAGUAAUUUAACAAUAGAUUCAGAAUAUUUGAUGCAGCUCUUCAUUGUGGAAGUGCUCAUAAUGUUGUGGCUGGUCUGUAAAUACCAGGUUUCUCUCCACUGCUGUUGCUGCUCCAGUAUUUGAUGCUAAGCUCAUUUUAAACCUUGAAAGAGAAAGUGAGGUUAUUUCUUUUAUCUAUUCUGAGUCUCCCAAGCAUGAUUUAUUUGUUCAUUCCCUGGAGGCUUUGUGAGAAGUAAUUGCACUUGAUCAAACACUGAGAGAGCUUUAUGUUUUGUACAAUCAAAUCACCACUUGCAUUUACUGUAUUAUACACAAUAGGUACAGAAGAAACGUGUCUUAAAUGUGCCAAAAUAAAGUGUGACUUUGUUUGAUAAAUGGCAGUGCAGAGGAAACUCAAAAAAACCUUUUGACUUUGUGUUUUUAAAGCUAUUUUCAUAAAUAAAGAA